AUGGGCAGGAGCCCGGCGUGUGUUCAGCGCGCAGGGAAGCCAGGGCCCCGCGGCUCCGCUCGCUUUCUGCGAGCAUCCAGCCGCACCCGCUGCCCUCUGCGCGCUUCGACUUACUGAGGCUCUCGGCUCCCGCCCUGCCCGGCCUCCGCCCAGCGCCCAGCGCGGAGUGACUGGCGGCUCCGCCUAUGGGCACGUCCCUGCUGGCUGUGGCGGUGGGGUCUGGACGGGAGCCAGCUCCCCCUCCCGCCCCGGGCUGUUGGCUUGAGGUUCCGCCUGGAGGAUGCUGCUUGGGCCGCCGCCGCCCUCCCAAGUUCCCCCCGCCGAGUAGGAAGCGGGGAGCGGGCAUCGCAACCAACCCGCAGCCGCCGGAGGGGCAGAGCCUAAGCUCCGCCGCCGCUGCAUUGGCCGGGCGCACGUGUGUGUGUGUGCGAGGCUCCCGGCUGGUCCCAGCGCUGCAGUGGCUCGGAGCGGAGGGAGGCCCAGGCGGGAGGGAUGCAGGAUGGCAGAGACACCCAGCGUCCCCUACCGAACCACGGGCUCCACCUUGCUGCACCCGCUCAGCCAGCUCCUGGGCAUCCCGCUGGACCAGGUCAAUUUUGUAGCCUGUCAGCUGUUUGCCUUGUUGGCUGCUUUUUGGUUUCGCAUUUAUUUGAGCCCCAGCAAUGUCAGUUCUGUUGUUCGUCAUGCAUUUGCCACUCUCUUUGGAAUAUACUUUGCUGUUUUCUGUUUUGGAUGGUACUCGAUCCAUAUUUUUGUACUGGUGAUGAUGAGCUAUGGCAUCAUGAACAUUGCAAGUAUUCCCAACAUCCACAGGUACUCCUUUGUGGUAGCCAUGGGAUACCUCACAUUGUGUCACAUUAGCCGAAUAUACAUAUUUAAUUAUGGUAUUCUCACUACAGAUUUCUCUGGAGGAUUAUGCUGCCCACUGAUGAUUAUUACACAGAAGAUAACAACUCUUGCAUUCCAAGUGCACGAUGGAAUAGGCCGACAAGCUGAGGACCUCACUGCUGAGCAAAAUCGUCUUGCCGUAAAAAUAAGACCUUCCUUACUGGAAUAUUUGAGCUAUCUCCUCAAUUUUAUGAGUGUCAUAGCUGGACCUUGCAGCAAUUACAAGGACUAUAUAGCCUUCAUUGAAGGGAGGCAUGUGCAUAUGAAACUUUUAGAAGUGAACUGGAAGCAAAAGGGUUAUGACAGACUUCCCGAUCCUUCUCCAACUGGGACUGUGAUAUACAAACUGUGUAUCACAUUUGUAUCUCUCCUUUUGUUCUUGACACUUACCAAGACCUAUCCUGUUACAUACAUUGUUGAUAGCCAGUUUAUCAAUAACACAUCCUUCUUGUCAAGACUUGGCUACCUGUAUAUCGUUAUGCAAGCAUCGAAGCCAAAAUAUUACUUUGCAUGGACAUUAGCUGACGCGAUCAAUAAUGCAGCUGGCUAUGGAUUCAGUGGUGUUGAUGAUCAAGGCAAUUUUCAUUGGGACCUGCUAUCCAACUUAAAUAUAUGGAACAUUGAGACUGCAACAAGUUUCAAAAUGUACAUUGAAAACUGGAACAUUCAGACAGCUGCCUGGCUAAAGCGUGUUUGCUAUGACAGGGCUCCAUGGUACCCCACAGCCUUAACAUUUAUCCUGUCAGCCCUGUGGCAUGGUAUCUAUCCUGGAUAUUACUUUACAUUCGUUACCGGAAUCCUUAUGACAUUAGCAUCCAGAGCAAUAAGGAACAAUUACAGACAUUACUUCCUCUCUUCAAAGCCACUCAAGGUGAUCUAUGACAUUGUCACGUGGUUUGUCACUCAACUGGCUGUCUGCUAUACUGUUGCACCUUUUGUUAUGCUGGCUGUUGAGCCCACAAUUAAGUUAUACAAGUCAAUGUACUUUCACAUGCACAUUCUAAGCCUCCUGCUGCUGCUGGUCCUACCAAUCAAACCUCGAGACCACACCCUGAGGCAGCUUCAGAAACAAGUCACACACAACUCUGUUAAAAACAAGAAAGAAAAAUGAUACCUCAAAGAAAAACCACUGAUAUUGGGAAGUGAAGUGUCAUACCAAAAACAAAAGGGAGAAAAUAAAAAGACAAUGGGAUUGUUAUUGCUUAAUUUAAAACGCUUUGGAAAGGACAGACUGGAGCUUGGUUGACUGUAUUCCAGAUGACCCAGUAACAAAGAUUUACAGGCUUGAGGAGCAGUGCUUUUGAUUUUAUAAAUAUAGGGACUAUUUUUAUAUAUUUAAUUUUUUCACAUGUACAGAUGUUUUUGAUCUUUUACAGAAAUGUACAUUUGAUAAACACAAAUUUUGAGAUUAAGAAAAUAAUCAUUAAAAAAAAAACCUAGCAAGAGUCAGAUCAGCAGCUUAGCAGAC